UUGAUUUUACCUGCGUGUUGGCCUCUAUGCGCAUUUGCGCAGAAGCAUCAAUCUGGCGAUGUCUUCCGAACAGAAGAGAAACAUUGUUGUGUUUUUAUGUAUAAUAACUGUAGCUUUUUCUAACUUGAUCUUCUGUGGUGCGUUGAGUGUAGAAAAGUUUGUUCUCAAUGCGGAUCAUGAAAAGGCGUCAAAUGCUGACAGAGAGCCGGGGAUCAAAACAAAACAACUGGCCGUUCUUCGGCACAAUCUUCGACCUACCGUUAAUAAUUCCAGCAUUCAAGAACCGAGUGCAGAGUCCAUUGACGUGCCUGAGAACUCUAUAAAUAAUUCGAGUCGAACCAACAUUGAUCUAAAGUCAACUGAUUUGCGGGCGCCUUUGAAUGUGCGUAAUGGUUUCAAUGUCCAGAAAAGAUCUCUGGAUUACAAUGCUGGACAUCAGGCAGUCUUCAAAGGUUUUGAAGGCCACGGUUUUCAAGGGAAGGUCUAUGGUCCAUCAGCUAACCACAACCCUCACUCUAGUGAAUGGCUGUCGAUGAGGCCUCUGGUCCAGUGUAAUGACAACCUCAUGAUGCUCACUGCAUCUGGACGAGGAUACACACAUCUACUGGUGGAUAGAGCGGGCACCUCUCCCAUCUCCCUGUUCCAGCUGCCACCGUCCUGUGGCUACCAUGUGAAGACUACCUGGAGAGAGAUGGUGAUGAUGGCACCAUACGAUGGCUGCUACAUCAUGCAGGAGCAUGGUAGUUAUGUCCUGCCCAUGCUGUGGUGGGGCAGCCCUGUGAAGAUCAUCUGCCCAGUCCCCCACCUUGACCCCCGACCCCACCCUGUCCCCCCAAACGCUGUCCCCCCAGUACUCUGCUCCCACUUUGGCAUGGCCAUCCAGAUACAUGGAGAGGAGGAGGUCAUACACACACUACAGGUCAUAGAGAACGGCGAGUGGGUGCCGUUUGUGUCUGAAGAGUGUGCCUACCAAGUGGAGUCUCACUCAGAAGACCUCAUAUUUUAUGUUCCCUUUACAGCCCCAUGUGUGACCAUCGGAAAUGGAGUUCAUCGACUGGUCCUAUUGGACGGCCAGGACUUCAUCCUCUCCUGCCCCUCACACCACCCUCCUCCAUUUCCCUUUUUUCCCUCCCCUCCAUUUUCUCAACCCUUCUCUCCUGGUGACCCACAGCAGCAGAUACCUGACCCUGUGACUUUUGCUCCCUCCACCAGCCCUCCCCUUACCUCUCCUCCCAUCACCCCUUAUACUCAACCCCCAGCCCAGGAACAGAUGCCCCAACUUCCUGCGUUCCCCCACCACCUCCCUCAUGGCAUGUAUCCCCAAAUUCCCUAUUUCCCUUACGGUGGAGCUGGUUAUCACCCUCUCCUCCACCCUGGUCACGAUCCAUACCCUGGCUCCCAUCAUCUUCUCCCAGGGAGAUAUCCAGGCCAGCAGCCCUUCUUCCCCAUGGGGCCUGGGAAUCACCCCUACGUCUCUGGAGACCACAGUGACUCCUUUUACCUCUCCCCGCCCCCUACCCACGAUCCCAUGCUCGACUAUUAUAAUGAAAUCGCCCCUGGUGUCCACCGUUCUUUUGUUGUCUAUCCUACUCCUCUUAUAGCUAUCCGACCACCGCCUCCCCCUGCUUAUACCAAACCUCCUCCCCCCGCUUAUACCAAACCUCCUUUCGCCGCUUAUACCAAACCUCCUCCCGCCGCUUAUACCAAACCUCCUCCCGCCGCUUAUACCAAACCUCCUCCCGCCGCUUAUACCAAACCUCCUCCCGCCGCUUAUACCAAACCUCCUCCCGCCGCUUAUACCAAACCUCCUCCCCCCACUUAUACCAAACCUCCUCCCCCCGCUUAUACCAAACAUUCUCUUCCAUAUUAUACCGAACAACCUCCUCCACCUCUCGAUACUGAACUUGUUCUUCCUAUAACACCUACUGCCUUUGAACGUCGUUCUUACCCCAUUGUUACCGGAUCUCCUCCCCCUUCUGGAUACAAACCUUCAUCACCUGUUUUCCAACCUCCAAAAACACCUGCAGAUCCAAAUGACCCAUAUGGGGUCCACAUGACCAAUCAGGCCCUGAUUACUGAAGAGCCCAUGUCUGCUACUGGGAGCCCCAAUCCUGAUCCCUAUACCCAACCUCUUAAAUGGCCUGUGGGUCCAUACUAUUACCCAUAUGGUCCUUACUACCCCCCAUCUGGUCCUCACCAUUAUCCCUUCAUACCCAUCUACUACCCCUCACCUACCCCAGGGCCUAGCCCAGUCACAGCUAGUCCUCCCCAGACUCUCCCUACAGGUCCUCAGGACCCUACAAUGCCCACAGUCGACCCACCCCACCACUACCCUCAGCCAGUAACCUGCUCUCCCUCUGCCCAUUCCAUCUGUAGCUAUUACCCAUAUCCCGUGGAUGUGCCACACUACCAGCCACACCACCCAUAUCCUCUCUACCUGACGCCCAGCCCCCCUCUGAUCACCCCAGCCCUUCCCUCCACAGGCACAGCUCUGCCUGGUGCUACUCAACCACCCCAGACCUCACCAACCACCCCCUCACCCUCCUCCAGGACCAUAUCUUCCACUACUACUCUCACUCCUUGGAUGUCCAUCCUCACCCCUACUCUCCCCCCUCAGCCCUCCCUCUCUCCUGGGCUCUCCCCUCGGCCCUCACUCCACUGUCUAGCAGGACAGAUGAUGGUGUCGCUGCCCUCUGCUCUCUUGGACUCCAUCCAGGUCAAAGAUCAGUUGAAUGGCUGGGUGUCUAUCUCCAAUGCCCCGGCGGCUUGUAGAUACAUCCUGCAGAUGAGUAAGGGUGGUGGAGUGAUCCUCCAUUCCCCUCUCCCUGCCUGCCACAGCCAGGCUAUGGCCCUCAACCCACACCAGCUCUCCCUCCCCCUGAAGUUUUGGGACACAGUCCUGGGGCAAUACAGAAUUCUGGAGCUCCAUUGCUCGUCAACUGUGACCCCAUCACCCCACACCACUACCACCACCCUCCCACCGACGACCCACACCAGGCCUCCCACUCCCCCCAAGCCACACGUCUUCUGCUCUGCUCUCCACAUGAGGGUGGAGCUUCCCUCAGGUCCCAUAUCUGGAGUCGUUGUCAAGGACAUCGAAGGGAAUGAGAUGAGCCUGAAGUAUGCCCCAAAGCAUUGUGGGUAUGUGGCAAGCAAGGGAAAGGAUGGCAUGAUCACCCUGAACCUCCCCUUCAACUCCUGUCACAUGACUGUCCAGGGUAAAGAGCACCGCAUAGAUGUGAAUUACUCCACGUUGAAUGGUCAGAAAGGAAAGGCCCAGUUGUCCUGUCCAGUUUCCAUACCCGUUUCUCAUCAAGAGUGUAACCUUCCCAGUGACCAGCGCCUCCCCUGCGGCCGCCGCGCUCUAUCCCGGGCAGAGUGUCUCUCUCUGGGCUGCUGCUACAGCACCAAGCCCUCUGCCUGCUACUACUCCAUGGAUGAAUGCACAUUGGACCGCCACUUUGUCUUUUCGGUGCCCGCCUCCCUCACAGACCCCCCUCUGUCCCCCGCCUUGCUCACUGCCGCUGGCAACCCCACCUGCGCCCCUCAGAGGGUGACCCCAGACUACGCCCUGUUCAAGAUCCCACUGGGCGGCUGCGGGGCCCACAGAUACGAGGUUGGCCAAACGGUAGUCUACAUGGUGGAGAUCAUCAACACGGUCCAGUCAAUCACCCUCAACUAUGGGACCAUCACCAGAGACUCUCCUAUCAGGCUGCUGGUUGAGUGCCAGUACACUCCUGGCUCUGUGGCGAGUGUUGGCUUCCUGGUCAAGACCCCCUCCUUUGGCCCCUCCAUUCAGGCCCAGGGUGUGUUGGGGGUCCAGCUCAGGAUUGCCACAGAUGAGCAGUACAGUAGCUUCUACCCCCAGUACCACCGGCCCCUGCAGAUGCUCUUGGGUAAACCCUUACACCUUGAGGUGCGUCUGCUCAACCCCCCAGAUGACAAAGUGGUCCUGCUGGUACACUACUGCGUGGCCUACCCCAGAUCAGGACAGACUGUCUGGGUACUCCUCUAUAAUGGAUGUCCUAACCAUCUGGACCCGGCCUCUCAGAAGCCUCAGCCAUCUCCUCCACCCUUCCACCAAGGCCAGACACGAAGGUUCACCAUCUCCACUUUCCAGUUCCUCACCUCUGGACAGACUCAGACAUUGGAGGACCAUGAAGAGAUCUACUUCAUGUGUUCUACUGAAGUGUGUUCGCCGCUGGACGGCAGCCUGUGUGUAGAGGGAUGCUUUGGCCAGUGACU